CAAUAUUUUAAAUAGUUAUAGUCUCUGUGGGGAAGAAAAUAAGCACCACUCUUUUGUAAUCUUGCACUGCAAGAAAACAAAAGCACCAACCCUUCAGGUCCGCUUUACUUUGAAAUUUCCUCAGUCUGGUGAAUACUUCCAAGUUCAAUCCCGUGUCUUGUCUUGUCAUCCCAGAACUAUUCAUUCCAUACACCUCUUUUCUCUCAAACGUUGACUCUGUCUUUUGGGGAUAAAACUUGUUUGCUUCUUUCCUGUUUUUGAUGAAAGCUUCAAUUUUAUAAGAUUUUCUCUUCUUCUUUUUUUGCUUGCUCUGGGACAGGCCACAGGCUUCUUUGUUAGAUCUGUGGGAGAGAGAGAAGUGAGACAUGUCUGGAAAAGUAUAUCAUGAUUGUUCCAACGCAGGCAAUCCCUACCAUGAGUGCAAUGACCGAUGUUUCGAGAAGAUAAACUCUGGAGAUGUCCUCAAGAAGGAGAAGAAGCCUUUUGGCUUUGGUAAGCCAGCUUGGAGAAAGCAAAGUCCUCCUCCUCCUAUCAGUCCACUUCCUAGUUAUUACGCAAAGAGCAUGGUUGAUGAAUCAGAUGACUCUCCUUCAUUCUCAUCCUCAGAUGAUACCUUCAACGCAAACCUUCUGUCCAGACCGCCCUCUCCUCUACAUGGAAACAUACCUGAAUUACCCAUAAAUUGGCUCCCCAUGUCGCCUUCUCUAUCUGUGUAUUGCAACAAAGACUCUUUCGCAUCAAAUUUUGAUCACCGUGAAAUGACACCUGAACAUCCUCUUAGGACACAUCAACACAUGCCUCGCACCCCUGAGUCUAGGCCUUGGACACCCGAUCGACGGUCCAGCACCACUGAUAAUAUCAUUUCGCUAGCAACUAGACCUAGGACGCCUGAACACCGGUCCAACAUCACUAAUAAUGAACCAAUGACACCUGAACAUGCGCAUGUUGCUCUAGGACCUAAGCCAAAGACUACAGAACACAGGGAGAGAUCCUCAAGGCAGCGGUCUAAGACUCCAGAGCCGCAAGGGAAGUACCUUAAACCUAGGACCCCACAAACUCAGCCGAUACUCAAGUCACCAGAGACGCCAGGCACACCAGAAAUUAGGCCAAAUGCUGAAGAAUGUAGAGCGAGGCUACCUGAUCACAGGGCAAGAAACUCAAGACCAGGGUCAAGGAUCUCCCAAGCCACCAAAAAUCAUGGUAAUAAAACGAGUUCGGUGUACAGUGAAGAAUGCACUCUACUCUAUCCUGAACUCUUCUUGCCCCCUCAAAAAAAAUCCUCCUUAAAACCCACAACGGUGUCUGAGAAAAUAUCUGAGAUUCAAAGCAUCUGCGGAACAGAGGAGGGGACGCAGUCAAUGACGUCAGAGUCUUACGUCUCUGUAGGAAGCUACAAGGUCAGAGCGAGCGUCUCAGACACUCUGCAGCAAAUCUUGGACAAGCACGGAGACAUAGCCUCCGGUUCGAAACUCGAGUCCCUUCCCACGAGGUCUUACUUCCUGGAAACGCUAGCCUCAGUGGUUCUCCAACUCCAGUCUACGCCCUUGAAGCAACUAAAGGAGACGCGCGUCUUGGAAAUGCUAGCGGUCGUUGAAGACGUGGAGUCUGUCAGAAUCAGAGCCGGUUGGCUAAGGGAGGCUUUAAACGAGAUUCUCGAAGCGGCCAGGUGCUAUGAUGGACAUAAUACGACAGUGGUGGAGAAAGGGAUGUGCGAGCGGGAUGCGUUGCUUGGGAGACAAGAAAUGGAGGAGAUACUGAAAGAGGUGAGACGGAAGGAGGAUGAGGUGAAGAGUUACCGUCGAGGGUUAACGGAGAUGGCAGGGCGUUUGGGAGAUUUGGAGAUGAAGAGAGCACGGCUGGAGAGAAGCUUGGCGUUUCUUAGCUCCAAGGUAGACAAGUUUGAUGGAGAAUCUGUGUUGGAGAAGCUCUUUUGAUCAAAUCUUAAACAUUGAUAUUUUGUAUUUAUUCAAAAACAUAAAGACUACAUUAAGUGCAUAUCCAUAUAUGUACACAGUGUCAUACACAGCAUGCAACAAAAGAGUUUUUUUUUUAAACGCGAUUCAACCUCAGGGCUUAUGCUG